AUGAGGCCUGCCUCUGACGUCCCCUCGUCUGUGGUCAAAGGGACUGGUGACGAUACUGAUCACGAUGGUAGUGGUUUGGGGAGCACCGGUUACGCAGACUUUUCCAGUCCUCCGCGAAUUGGCCUUGACAGUGUUGUCGCGAGACCCUCUUCCUACCACACUUUGUUUACUGAUGUCCCAGUUCCCCCCGUGCCAUACCGCAUUGUUCUCGAGUACUGCAUCGGAUGCUACAGUCUUGUUGAUUGCGCAUCCAUUGGUCAGUCUUCGACGUGGUGGAAGUGUGGAUGGGUCAAUGGUUUACCUCAAUGCAGUUCAGCGGGCGUGCCUGCGUGGAUAUCCUUUGAUCAGUAG